UGAAUCUCAGCUGGGUUACGGACUAAUCUGAUUGACGUUUUCGUGGUGAAUUUAUAAACUGUCAGGAACUUAUAAAAAUUGUGUUGUUUUUUGCUCUGAUAAUGACAUUAUCUUUCAGUAGCGUGUAUUAACAAUAAAUUCAGUAUAUAAUAUUUAAUGACUUAUAAAUGGCGACAACGUGUACAUGUAAUAGGACGGCAGACUAGCCAGUGUGUAGCCCAUAAUUCUGUUACUGUCGCCCCCAUUCACACGUCAGAUUUGCUUUUACCUUCAAAUGGUGUAAAACGGACAGUUCCAGCACUAUCAAGAUUACGCACUUAGUCCCAAAACUUAAUCGCCAAGAAUGAACGUCCGUGAUUGUGAGGCUUUUGGUUGUCAGUUCGUGGCGAUCGUAAUGUCUGUGUAUAUUUGUCGUCGUUGGUACUAAAAGCGAAAUAUUUCUGUAUAGACUUAAGUCAUCAAUUGAGGUAUUCAUCAGUUGAAUUUGGCGUGUUAGUGUGCUGUAAUUACAGAUAUUUUUAACAAAGGGAAAUAUCUGAAUAACUGGUGACACUGAAAAUGCACAUUGCCAGUGAAAAGUUGCGCUGAUCUGAAAUUCUUUUCUCACAAUUUUUUUAACAUGCGUGAAGAGAGAAAAAUUUGUCUUUACAAUGGAUUCAAUCAUGACUCCCUGUGUUGUGUUAAUGUGCUGUCUCGUGGUGACGAACGAUAGACUAACAUCGCAAUGUAGGGGCUACGGGUCAUGUCUGGAGCCGAGCUGAGAGCCGAUCAGCUGCAGCAACUCUAUCUGUGCAGUCUCCUCUUGGGCCGAAAGCGUGAACAGCCAAUCUUCUCCUGCAAGGCGCACGUGUUCCAUAUUGAUCCUAAGACAAAGCGCUCCUGGAUCUCGGCAUCCUCCACUGCGGUCAGCGUCUCAUUCUUCUAUGACUCAACCCGCAGUUUGUACCGUAUCAUUAGCGUCGAAGGCACAAAGGCAGUGAUCAACAGCACAAUUACACCCAAUAUGACCUUCACUAAAACAUCACAGAAGUUUGGCCAGUGGUCAGAUGUCCGUGCCAACACGGUGUACGGUCUAGGAUUUUCAUCAGAAGCAGAGCUCACUAAAUUUAUUGAGAAAUUCCAAGAAGUGAAAGAAGCAACUCGCCAAGCAGCUUCAAAGCCAACAACAAAUGGCACUGGUGGUAGCACUGGCACUGGUGUCACACCUGUAACAAGUGCCAAUGCAAGUCCCAUAACUGCACGAGCCUGUGUUCCUCCGCCCCGAUCUACAGAGACUCUGUUGCCACCAAGUGACUCGACACUGUUGCUGGACCCUCCAAACAGCACCAACACCACAACUGCCUCUUCGCACAACAGCACCAUCAAUUCGCCAGCACCAGCUGCUGCUUCCACUGUAGUAAGCAACAAUGCAGUGCCUAAUGUAGUGAUAGGAGGGUCUGCUGGAGACUCCAGUACCUUGAAAUCUUCAAUGACUGCUCAUCAACGCAGCCAGUCUCUUUCAGGACUUCAGCCUGGUGAAAGUCCCAAGCAUCAGGCGAAGACUACAGGGGAUAAACCCCCAGCACCUGCAGCGGUAGUGACUGCCAUUUUUUUUUCUCAGCUGAAGUAUGAGAAUGACCGACUGAAGUUGGCCUUGGCACAGAGUUCAGCAAAUGCAAAGAAGUGGGAAAUAGAACUAGCAACACUUAAGAAUAAUAAUAUGCGACUUACAAGCGCCUUACAAGAAAGUACUGCCAAUGUGGAGGAGUGGAAACGCCAGCUACAUUCCUACAAGGAGGAAAAUCAAAGAAUGAAGACAAAAUAUAUUGAACUUGAAGCUGCCAAAGGAAGCACAGAAGCUGCUGCAGAAUUGCGAAAAGAAUUGCAGUCGUUACGUUCACGUGUUGAGAGUUUGGAACAGGAACUGAAAACAAAGGAUGAGGAGAUAAAGAGGCUUUGUAAACAACAAUCUUUGCCAGCUGAUCAACAGUCGCUGCAGGGUCGUUCUCAGGAUGAACGCUGCAAGAACCUCCAGCAGGAGAACACAGAGUUGCAGGCUGCUGUAUCGUUAGCACAGGCACAGUUGGAGACUGCUCUGUCAGCUCAGGAAUCCCAAAAGCGUGUUCUGGAAACGCUGAAUGCACAGCUAGCAGCGCGACUACAAGAACUGGCUGGAAUUCAUCGUGAGAUUGCCACAGCUUUACAGACAUGAGAGGAGGUUCACAAUAUUCCUUAUUGGUCAACUGUGUAACACUCUUCUGCAGCUUAACUGUCAUGACAAGGUGAAUGAACAAACACGUGUUUCCUCAUUCUGUAAGAGACAUCUUUAUAGAUGAUUGAAAUGUUAAAGUGUGGUUAAUAAAUUUUGAAAGAAGAAAAACGUAGCAAAGUAGGUGGAAAAUUUUUGCGUAAAGAAAAAGGUAGAAAUGAUGAAAGUUUGGUAGAAAUUUCUCUUAUUAAAAUUAAUAUGACAAUGUUAAGUUUGUUUUACAUACAAUGAAUUUUUUAAAUACAAAAUAUAGAAUGAUGAAGCAUUGAAACAUUGUGUAUAAAAUUCAAACCGUACAUAAUAAUUACCGUGUUUCAUGAAUGUUACCGUGAAGCUGAGAUGACCAUUGAAGUUAUUUAAGAAUAGUUGAAGUGCAGUGUUUUAAAUUUGAGAAAAUUUUCAAUACACCCCCAUUAUAUAAUACAAAUGGAAUAGGUUUACACACUGAGUUGAAUGGGAACAUAAAAGGGCUUUAUCCGUCUGAAGGUAUGGCAUAUGCUUUAAUCGUCACUGUUGCAAAACUUUAGAUAAAAGUUUGUGAACAGGUAUUGAAAAUACUCUCAUGUUAUGUUAAUCUUACGAGAAAUUCCAGUUUUUAUGAGAGCAAGAUAUGCAGCUAAAAAUAAUAUGUGUACAAAGUUUUAAAUUGUGACUUGGUGCUUGUCCAUCGUUACUUUUUCCAAAUUCUUUGCAUGGAAAAUAGUUGAUAGUUUUGAUGUUGUAUUUUUUCCCUGCAAGACUGAUGUUUGUUAAUUAAAGUAGAAAUAGUGUGUGCUGAAUUUGGUACACAAUUUGAACUUCUUAUACAGCAGAUGAAAUAGAAGUCUACUCAGUUAAAAAUGGAGAUGUCAGUUUUAAGGAUUGUAUAGAGCUCCCCCUUUACUUUUAAUUAGCAAUUUGUUAAAAUCUAUGUGUAAGUUAAUUUCUCCAAGGUUUAUUUCACAUUUAUUAUGGGAGCAGAAUCUUUGGAUCAUUUAGAGGCUGAAAAAUUUCAAUUUGGUGAUUCCCUUGGUUGCACAAAGUUCUCAAUGCAAAUGUCAGUUCCAGUGUUGUUAUGUGAUGAAACCAAAAAUGUCUCAUCCAAAUGUACAUUAUCGAAUAAACCCUAUACUACGUUGCCACAUUUCAUGGAAUUCAGGGGAACUGCUGCAUGUAUUGAUAUAUAUCUUGUAUUUGUUUAGAGAUCUGAAUAAAAUAAGUAUCAGCUCUUUUAUAACAAUAAAUAUUUUACAUUGUAAUAUAUUAGUAGUAAAACUUUCUUUCUUUUUAUGUAAUAAACAUUUUUGAAUGACUUAUAUAAGUUGUUAGAUAUAUAAUGGUGGUACACUGUGUAUAGUAAAAUGUGUUGGGCGAGGCAGCUGGUUCUGCACAAACUCCCCCAGAGAGAAAUAAUUAAUCACCACUGCUAACACUGCCCAACAGUUGGAAUUUGUUGUGAUAACAGUAUAUACACAUUCAGUUCAAUGAAUGAUGUUGCAAUUGUAAGUGAUAGUGUGCUUAAGUAGUCAGGAUUAAGUCCUGGCACUUUCAUGUUUGAGAUACUCUUCAAUUUUCUUUCCUAUUAUAAGUCGGCUUUAUUAUUGAAUAUAUAUUGCUACGAGACAUUUAAUUUCUUGUCCUUAAUUUUAUAUUUACACUUUGAUUUUAUUUGUACGGAGCCAGGAUAGCUCAGUCAGUACAGUGACUAACUACGAGUUGGACGCCUGGGGUUCGAUCCCCAACAGGGGAAGAGGAUUUAUCGUCUAGCCCCUUUGUUUAGACCAGCUCUGGGGCUCACCCAGCCUGCUGUCCAGUGGGUACCAGCAUCCUUUUCUGGGGGUAAAGCGCGGCCAGGGCGUGAUGCCGACCGCACACACCCAUUUAGUGCUGAGGUCAAAAAUGAGUAGGAACUAUACCUCCACUCUCCCCAAAUGACCUACAAGGCAUGUAGUGGGACUGGUUUACUUUACUUUAUUUUUAUUUGUACAGUGAACUUGAAUAGUUAUAUUAACAUUGAAAAGUUAGGGAAAAUAUUUAUAAUUAACAGGAAAAUGGAGCCAAGAUUACAUGCAUAUAUUUAUUUACAUAAAAUUCAAAAUAUAGUUUGUUAAGUUAAUUUUCAUCUUUUAUUUUAUGCCAUAUGUGGUGUAUAUGUGGUAUACUUGAUAUGAAUUUUUGAAAGUCCAAAGAGAGUCCCUUCAAACCAUUACAUAAACUAGAUGAGUCAAUAUGUUGUAAGUAAAUGCACUUUAGAUUAGAAACUCACAAAAUUGUUCUAAUACUUAUAGAGCUGCAAGUAAAUGUAGUUCAACUCUGUUCUAAUAUGUAUCUGUAUUAUGAUAUUACGUAUCUGUAUUAUGAUAUUAUCAUGGCACAAAGAUCAGUUUUACACUGAACAGCCUGAACCAGAUAUUGGUCACAUAAUGAGUAUUUAUAUUUUACCAUCUUCCAAGUAGAACAAGUGCUGUAUAUUAAGUAAUAUGUCCUAUAUUCAUGGUAUUUUAUUGCCAAGGGUGAUGAAUUAAAUGGCAGUAUAAUUUUAAUUUGAAGCAGAAACCACCGGUUUUCAUUGUUUUAAGAAGAAUGUAGACACAAGCUAGUACAGAGUCUCCUCAAAACUGGUGUUCCCUUUCCGACAGACUUCUUGAUCAUGCACAAGAAUAAAUACUAAUUCAUUCCAUCAAAUUGAGAAUCUCAUUGUAAGGGAGACGUAUGCACUGAUCUGUGCAUCCUUACUCGUUUCUCUUUCUAUUUUAUGGUAUAAACCUUAUCCAAUAAAUGAAUUUAACAUAUACUGCUUAUUUGUCAGCAGAGACUGGUUUUCUCAUAAGUGGAAAAGUCUGUGGUGGCAUUUUUUGUUUCAUUUUACACAGAACAGUAGAGAUUCUGCGUGUUUUUAAUAGGAUCACUUUUAAUACUAAGUAGAGCAAGCUCACUAUGGAUACUUGUGAAAAAUUAUCAGUAUAUACUCAAAUUUAAAACAAUGUUGUUUGAGUGAGAUUUCAGGUUCUCAUUGCAGUGAAUGUGAAGAUGGAUGUCUUCUGGGCUGUUGUGCCGUGUAGUCUGGUAGACUUUACUGACAUUUCAGAGGUACUUGCUGCCUUCAUCAUCAGUACAACAACCCAGAAGGCAGCCAUUUUCAGGCUUGUUUAAGGUCAGUUAACAAACAUUGAACUUGUUAAUCCUAUACCUUGAAUCAUGCUAUAUCAGAUACUUGUAUUCACUUUGAGAUAGUGUUGGGAUGAUCUAAGCUAAUGAUGUGGAUGUCUGUUAGGUCAUUAAGUAUUUCAUAUGAAUGGUGUCAGGCAGCGUGUUUUAAAAUAUCUAGGGGGAGGGAACAUUUGAAAUGGUGUGUUAUUGCAAAACUAGAUUGAAAUUUGUAAGAAAAGACUGAAAUAUGAGUGUGGUGCUGUUAAUGUUAUGAUUAAGUAAAGUUUCACAACUGCAAAUGCACUCUGCUCAAUGGUUAUAUUGAUUUGUAUCCCAAAUACUGCAGUUAUGUAGUAUGUUAUAAUUUGUACAUAUGUUUGGACUGGGUAUGAGUAUUGUGUACAAGCAUUUAAUGACAGUACACAAGUUUAAUUUUAUAUUGAGCUGUAUUUUUUAAUUUUUUAUAUAAACAUUGUUUUACAUCUCAUUAUUUUAAGCCAACAAAUGGAUUUUAGUGGUAGAAAGUCUUUCUUCACACACACAUGCAAUAAGCCUGCCUCAUAAUUUCAUUCUGUCUGAUUUAAAUUUGGCAAAACUUGUAUGUCUUCGAGAACAAUUUAAAUAACAAGACAGUCUUUAUUUUACAAGCACAUUUUACAAAUAUAUAAUAUUCAUUGAAACCUGUAUACUUGGUAUAUGAGACAUUGUAAUGACAAGUACAGUACAUUUAGUUGAGAAGGAAACUUCAUUCUUCUGAUUAUCUGAUGUCAAACUACUGUGCAUCACACGCAGAUCAGCACAAGUUAUUUCCUGUAAGUGCUUGUGACAUGUAUCAGCCUCAGCUUAUUACAAAUUCCUUUGUUAGGUCUUUUUCUAUUAAUUUAGACAUGGACUACCAAUUUCUCACAUACAGCUGCAGCAUUCAAAAUGUCAGUGAGAUAGAAAGGAUAGGGAGUGGGCAUCCAUAUCGGUUUUGCCAGGUACUGACAAAUAGUUGUACUAUCUGUACUGAUAACAUAGCUCAAAACUGAUGGUUUCUUAUUUAUUGAUUUACUAGUGAAAUGUGUAAAAAUGAUUGUCCUGUAAUGGAGCUGCCAGUUACAUGGUUUUGUCCACCAUAAAUUAUACAUUGUGUCCCAUACCAUUUUGAUAGGAUUCAAGUCAGUUUGAAAUUAAGACUGACAGACAGAUUUGAACCUGCCUACUUGGUACCUACCCUGUGAAUGACUAGUGUAUCAUAUCAGCAGGAUAAAGACUGAUCGCCAGCAAAACAUUCUCUUUGUUCUCGGUGUUGUAAAGUUUCCUCCUCAAUUGAACACUUUGUAUGAUACACAAUGUAUCCUUUCCAAUUAUUCCUUAUUCCAAAAUGGGCAGGUAUGAAAUACAAAGGCAAUGUCAGAAAUUUUUAAUAUUUGAUUACUGGUAUGUAUAUAGAAGUGGUUGUAUUAUUUUCUGCCAAGAAUUGUGUGUUUUAUGUACAUUCUGGAAGAAAGAAGGUAUUAAAGACCAAUGAAUGCUGGGGAUUGUGA